GUGGCUGGAGCCGUAUGACGGAGUCAGUCAGCUGGCCGCUGAUUGGCUGAGUCACCCAGCUGUAGGAGAGCGCCAGAAAACAAGCUUGAGCGGGUGAUGUUGGAUUCUCCAAGGAGUAGUGUAGCCGAACAGGAGUCUGAGGAAAGGAUUGGAAAAGAUUUGAGGAGGACUGCCUGCUUCUUUCUGAAGAGGAAAUAAACUGCUAUGUUGGUCUGAAGGAGCGGCGCCCUGACAAGUGUGUAAAACGGGGACGCAGAGCCACACUUAACGAUUUCAUUCAUUCAACAGCGAAGAUGGAGGUUCAAUGCCUCGCACUGAAGGACCUCUCAAGUCCAAGGAAGAGUUCAACGAUGGGGCCGGAGGAGGAGGAGGAUGGGUCUCGCGGGGAACAAAAGGAGAAUAUGUGUGCAGAGAAGAGAAAAUCAACACCGCUAAAAUCUGCAGAGUCCACCCUUCCUACUUUGCUGAUCAACAGAAAAGGUGCUCCCUCUGAGCUCGCCCACAUUACCCCCAUCAAACACACGUCUCUGACCGAACCCUGGACACCGACGGCUAACCUGAAGAUGCUGAUCAGCGCGGCAAGCCCAGACAUCCGGGACAGAGAAAUGAAAAAGGUGCUGUUUAGACCGAUAGAGAAUGAUAAAGACCAGCCAGCGAGCCCAGAUAAUGUGGUGGAGGAUCCAGAGGUGGAAGAUUCUUGUCAGUUUGAAGCAGCUGAUGAAGAGGACGAUGCAGAGAAAAAGCCGAGCAGAAAGCAGAAAAGUCUGGGUCUGCUUUGCCAGAAGUUCCUUGCCCUUUAUCCUGAUUACCCACCGCUUCACAGCCCCAUCUGGAUUUCGCUGGAUGAAGUGGCAGCCAAUCUGGGGGUGGAACGGCGGCGGAUCUACGACAUCGUGAACGUGUUGGAGUCCCUGACGAUUGUUGGGCGGAUAGCCAAAAACAGUUACACCUGGUACGGUCGUCAGCGGCUGGAAGCCACUCUGGAGGAACUGCAGCGUAAGGGCCGACAGCAGGGCUACCACCUCCAGAUGGAGCAGGCCAACGAGGCCAGGGACACCGGACCGGGCAGAGAGGAUGACGGGGGAGAAGGAGAUGCUGGAGGCGCCGGUAGCAACAGGAAAGACAAAUCUCUGCGCAUCAUGAGCCAGAAGUUUGUCAUGCUUUUCCUGGUGUCCAAAACUCAGACUGUUACCCUGGAUGCAGCAGCAAAGGUCCUCAUCGAGGAGAGUCAGGACUCAUCAAGUCACAGCAAGUACAAAACUAAGGUGCGGCGUCUGUACGAUAUCGCCAACGUGUUGACUAGCCUCGGCCUCAUAAAGAAGGUUCAUGUCAGAGAGGAGAGGGGCAGAAAGCCGGCCUUCAAGUGGCUCGGCCCGGUUGAAUUCAGCAGCUCUGUGAAUACUGGAAACACUUUGAAUGUAGCAGCCAUCACCUCAUCUGAGUCUGCACAGCCACUAGCAGGCCAGGAGCUCAGAAAAGCAAAAAUGGCACGUCAUGCCUCCUUCAGCAUCACGCCAACGUCCGUUGCGGUCCAGCGGCAGGUCAGCUCCGCACCCAGCAGCCCGAGAUGUGAAGUAACCGCCCUGCAAAACCAGCCUGUGGAUUAUUCCAGAAGGACUACAAGCAACAGUGCAGUGUGUCAGCUGCAGUUUGGAAGUAAUGCUGACAACCGACCCGGCACACCACAGCAGACUCCGCUCACCCACAACAGCAGCACUCCCCUUCCCCCGUCCUCCACCCAUUCCACCCUUCUGGCACCACACCCCCAGCCGGAGCACCUCUUUGCUGCUUCCCCGUCUUCCCAUUGCUUGGCCUACCUGCCCAGCCUGUCCCAACCCUCCGUGGUCAUGCUGUACAGGCCGCCAGAAAUGCCCAACCAGAUGCCAGAUGGUCAGACCUCACCCAGGUUAGAGGCAACGAAGAGGAAGAAGGAAGAAAGAGAGGAGGAGGAGGAGGAGAUGGUACUUAAAAAGAAGGGAAAUUCUGCGUUAGAGAAAAGUGAAAAGACUCGAGCUGAAGCUUGCAGGGAAACAGCAGAGUGCUCGCAAGCUGAUAACACCAGGACUUCUCCCAGUCGAGCAGCAGGCCUCUGCAGAGAGCAGGUGAUCGGCAAGAGUGGAGGCGGCAACACCAGCAGCGAGCACGCUCAGCCGUCACACUACCUUUAUGUCCCCAACAAUGCAGGAUUAAACGGCCUCAACUUCCUGCUCUCAGCUGGUCAACCAGCAGCCAGUCUAGCACUUCCUCCCAGCAGUGUUCCCACCUUGGCACUGCCCUACGUCCUGGUACCAUCUGCUGCCCUCUCCAGCUACCCCCUGGUGGCCGGCAGUCUACAGCAGCAAGGCUCUGAUGCUCACACAAAACUGAGCUUCGGUCUGCCUGCCAUGAUGUCACCUGCCCACUUCAUGGUGGGGGGGCUCCGUAUAGUGUGGUGCCGGUUCCACCGCCGUCCACUCCAGAACAGAGUGGGCUUUACAGGUCGUCAGUUGGCACGCCGCAUUCUCCCUCAGGACCACGACAGACCAUCAACAUCAACACACCAGAACCAAUGACUCCACAUACGCCCAAGGAAACCCCAGCAUCUUCUUCAAAGGCUUUCUUUCAGACCCCGGGCACUCUGGGAAGUGUAGUCAGUGCUGCGCCAGCUGUCCGAAAAAGGGGAUCAGCACAGAGGAGACUGGACAUUGGCCACCAUCCAAGCAGCUGAUGAGACGGGAGCUUGUGUUGAACGUGCCGUCUUAAAAAUUGAUUGUGGUGAACCGAAAAUGAAACAAAGAAUAUGGUUUUAAACCUUUGGUGCUAUGUUUCUAAAGACAAAUUAAGAACUUUCCAAGAGUGUCGAAUGUUUUCUUGUAAAUCCUGGAGAGUCUCAUAUUUUGCUAAUUGACUGAGUUUUAUUAAAGGGGUGUCACACUGUGAAAUAAGACACUCAAAACUAUCGAGAUGUCCUCAAGGUUGGAUAAUGGGACACUAGGUUUAAGAGUAAGAUAGUAUUACCAAUGCAACAGUGCCCUCCUGUGAUGGGAGCCGGUCACAGCUGUGUUUUAUGUUUCCUCCUAGAAUGAUCAAGCUACCUAUUUACAAGAGCUGUAACAAUUAUCCAAAAGCACAUUUCAUGUUAUGUGUUGUGUGUUUUUUUUUUUUUUUUUUUUUUUUUUUUUACAUAUAUAUAUAUAUAUAUAUUUUAAAGGGGACAAAUAACCAGAAACAGUCUUUUAAAUGUUACAGCUUUCACCAAACUGGCACACUUCAGGCAUUAACUUCUCUGCAUGGGUAUCACAGCACAGGAAAACGGGCAUGCAACACGGCAUCGCCGAUGAUUCGUUCACUGUUUCGGGUUCUGUUUUGUAAUCGUUACACCCCUGCUAAUUCUUCAUCCUUUGUUGUAGCCCAGUUGCUAUUUAUAUCUUAGCGAAUAUAUGUCGAUUACAGGGUCUGUAAUGAAACAUUAAGUGUUUAGCACUAAGUAUUUGAAGAAUGUACAUGUAAUUUUGUAGUAAUCGGCCCAUUCAGAUUUAGAUACAUGAAAAAAGGUGUAAGAGGACACGUGUGAGCUGCUUAAUGUCGGUUUACAAUGACAGUGGUAGGACAAUCCCUCCAUUUUAGACAUUAAGUGAGAAGAAAAUAAUCACUAAAGCCUUAAACGUUUACAGCCAGACGAGUAUCCGAAGGAACAGUUGUUAUAUUUCUCGAUGCUUACGGGUGGAUUUGUGUUCUCGUCAGGAAGACGUACCCGGCUGGUGCUAUGUGCAUUCUCACGUGUAACCACUGUUACUGAGUGCUGAAAGACAAUGUGACAAUGCUCUCAGGUACUUGAAUACUAGUGACUGUGCUAGAGUUGGAUUGGGAAAAGUAUCAGAGUACUGUAAAGUGUUUUUCCUCCUUUGUUUAUACAGGGAAAUCAGUGCCUUAGUUAACGGGGCAUGUUGCUAAGAGAACAUCGUUGUUGCCUCAAAACAGAUUUUCUCAGGUUGUCAGUGAACGAGGCCCAGACAACCCAAUAAUAGGAGUUAUUCAGGAGAGCUUAGCUAUGUCACGCCAAAGGCUGUACAGAUAAUCCACUCUAACCAGUGGGUGUGUAGUUUAUGUCAAUGUUUUUAAUGACAUAGUGUAAUUUACAGUGUUUAUUGUCUCUGUCCUGAUUUUAAAAAUAAUGGUUAUUGCACGGUUCGUUUAGUAGCUGCAACAGCUGGAAACCCGUUGCUGUUCUUUCAUUGUAACUGCACACACAAUGUAGUUCAGAGCCAAACAUUUCUGUGUGACUUGAAACAAAAUAAAUGAUAUAGACCAGC